CAGUAACCAUAUACACUAAAAAUCUGCAACAUGAAUGACUAGCGACUAGUUCAAGACUUGUUUGCUUCUCUCUUUCCAAUCAUAUAGUAAUAUUCAAUUUCUUCAUGCUAUGAUAGUUUAGGCAUCAAAAACGAUUGAUGGGCAUAUCUCAAUUCUUCUUGUUCAUUCAAUACCUUGAUAUUUUUCUUCUCUGUUGAUUUUGGCUCCAUAAUCUGCUUCUUAAAUAGCCUUCACUCUAAUCUGAAGUUAACAAAAUUGCAAGGGCAUAUUAUUAUAAGCUGAAAGUUGUUGCCACAUGGGAUUGGGGUUAAUAAUCUUAGGUGAUAAAGUUACAGUCUUUGAGCCAAAACAAGUAGAAUCAGUAUGGAAUCACAACUGGGUUUAAUUGAACAAUCCUUUAAUGUUAGAUAUUCAGAUGGGGUUAAAGAAGCACUUGAUGAAUUGCCUGAUAGUUUUACCAUUACUGAUCCCUCUAUUUGUGGUCACCCUAUUGUUUAUGCCUCAAGGGGUUUCUUGAAAAUGUUUGGUUAUAACAAGAAUGAGGUGAUUGGGAGGAAUGGAAGGGUAUUUCAGGGUCCUAAGACUAAUCGAAGAGCGGUUAUGGAGAUUAGGGAGGCGAUUCGAGAGGAGAGGGCUAUAGAAAUCAGUUUAUUGAAUUAUAGGAAGGAUGGGGCACCCUUUUGGAUGUUGUUUCAUAUGUGUCCUGUUUAUAGUGAAAAAGAUGGGAGGGUGGUUCAUUUCUUGGGAAUUCAAGUGCCUAUUUUGAGGAGGAGAAAGUCGUCGGGAGGUGGAAUUGGGAAGAAUGGAGUAUGCAAUGAUGGAGGUGGUAAUAAUUGCAGGGAGUCUGCCUUUAGGUGUUGUAGGAGGGAAGUUUGCUCGAAUUUGGUUAUGGAAAUGGAUAGAGCAUUAUCGCUUGAUUCGGUUUCAGG